AUGGAGACCGUUCCGACAGAUAGACCGUCUAAUGAAGGCCCUUGUGACGGGAACGAGGGAGGAGGAUACCGUGUAUUGUGUACCCAAGAAUGGGCCUCCAGCUAUUUAUCGAACGGACCAUCUAAUGCGUACAACAAAGUAGACGUCAUGAAAAUUCUGAUACCACCGAAGGAAGAAGCACCUGGUCUGAUAUUCACGCUAUUUGAAAGGGUCCCACUGGAUGAUUCCAGAAUAGGAAGUCAACAGCAAGUAGUUUCAUUAUCGAAACUCCUUAUCAAACAGUUCGGAAAACUACGUGAAGAUUCGAAACCAACUGAAGAAGAGAGUCUGCAAUUGGAGAAUCUAAGGAAUACAUUGAAUACCCAAUGGAAAGAGAAAAGAGAUUCGAUUGGAGACAGAGAGGUUUAUGUUUGUUAUGCUAAAAUUAUCUUGCUAUUGGUAUUAACAUUCCUCUGUGUUGUCUACACAAUCUGUUUUUCACAAAUUCUAGCGGUGAAUUACACUUGGUAUCGAUUAGUUAUUAUCAUGGAGAUACUUGUUUCCUUGGUUGUUUUGUUCAACAUUCUGAAACUCCGUCGACGAAUCAUAGCUGAAAAACAAUCGGAAAAAAAGCUUGGUCCGGAAAGACAGGUUGUCUUAGAAAAGAUGAACGAUGAUUAUAGCGAACAAUUAGAAAAAUGCAUGGAUUUCUAUUCAAAAGAAGUAAUGCCACUGAAGGAAGAAGCCAGAACACUGGACAAUCGUGUGUUUCUUCUGAUUAUAAUCAGCAUGUCUAUUUUCUUAAUGAACACAUGGACCCUGUCAUUUUACGGCACCAUGGAGGCUAUCAAAGAACUCAACCAUGAUGAGAUAAUUUCUGCUAUUGUCGUUAUUCCUAUGACAAGCAUCUUCAUGGCAAUUGGUGCCUGUUUUGUUCUUGGAUUUUUGGAAUACAACGAAAUCGAAAUAUAG